GAUACCGCUACUGGCUCGAGCCCUGGUCAGAGGCUCCGGCGGAGGGAUCCGCAGAGGCUAAGGUCUCAGAAGAAGAGUCAGCUACUGCGGCAGCACAAAAAGGGCGGCUACAGGGUGAUGCGCCAACCGAUGUGAAGACAGAUACAGUGCCCACGGUGGCUGGCCCGGAAGCUGAGUGGGCCUCGGCCCUCAGCGCAUUCUGCCAGGGCCAGGCCAGAACUGCCUGCCUCCUCUUCUGCGGCUGAUCCAAAACCAACAAGACAGCCCCAGGCCCUCGGUGCCUGACUCCUUCCACCUAGGGCCACCAAGACAGCCUUCCACCAUGGCUCUGAAGAGAAUUCACAAGGAACUAAACGACCUGGCCCAGGAUCCCCCAGCACAGUGUUCAGCAGGUCCUGUAGGGGAAGAUAUGUUCCACUGGCAAGCUACAAUCAUGGGGCCAAAUGAUAGUCCCUAUCAGGGCGGAGCAUUUUUCUUGACAAUUGAUUUCCCAACAGAGUACCCCUUCAAACCACCUAAGGUUGAAUUUACAACAAGAAUUUAUCAUCCAAAUGUUAACAGUAACGGCAGUAUUUGUCUUGAUAUUCUUCGGUCACAGUGGUCUCCAGCACUAACUAUUUCCAAAGUACUUUUAUCCAUCAGUUCUCUAUUGUGUGACCCCAAUCCAGAUGAUCCCUUAGUGCCUGAGAUUGCUCAGAUCUACAAAACAGAUAGAGACAAGUACAACAGAACAGCUCGGGAAUGGACUCAGAAGUAUGCGAUGUGACUAAAGAGAUUACUGGAUAUCCUCAACAAAUAAAAGCUAGGGGAACUCUGAAAGAGAAGUCCUUUUGAUUCCCACCGGACUGUUUCCCAUGAACCCACGCCCACGCGGUACCUGCCUCAUCCUCCCUGGUGCACCGUCUUCACCUGAUACAGUGCCGCUGCUUGUUGCUCGCACCAGAAAUACUGUACCAACACUGUCUCCUAGCAGACGAGCAUUCUCCAGGCAUAACCUGGAUGUGAGAUUAAAAGUUUUCCUUAUUGA